AUGUCCUUCCACUCCAGCGCUUCCGACGUCCGCGUUGACGAUGGCCACAUUCUGCGCGCUCGCCUAGACAACGGCCAGGGAGAGCAAGUCGACGCUGAGCUCGACCUCAACACUGCUGUUGGCAACGACAACGGCAACUUUGUGUGGGGCGGCGAGAAGUUCGCCGAGAGUGCCGAGAACAUCAGCUUCUCACUUGAGGGCGGCGAUGGCGUCCCCAUUCUCCGCGCCAGCCUCCGCGACCUCGAGGACAACCUCAACGACCGCGACCUCAACCUCGCCGAGCGCAUUCGCAACGAGGGCGGCAGCCUCGUCUUUGUCUUCCAGCCAGACUGA